GGAUUCUAUAUACCUUCCAGAGCAACAGACUACAAGCUUAUUGGAACCUUUCUGGAACACGCGCCAAAGGGCGAGCCAUUCUUCAUUACACCUUCAGAGGAGCUCCUGAAGCAGUUAGUCUUUAGUCCAGAGAAAGUCUCCCACAACGCUUGGCUGAUCUACUUCAACUACAUCAUGUUAGCUCAAGUCUCUACAGAGCAGCAAGACUAUGGGAAGCUAGAGGCCGCGAGAUUUCGACAGAACAUGCGGAUCGCCUUGAAUGAUAGCCGCAUAUUCUUGGAACCACGACAGGUCAAUGUCCAAGUACUAGCUUUGCUGGCUGUUCAUGGCGAAGAUUACGCCUCUCCGAAUUUGUCGUGGAUGCUAGUCGGCCAUGCUUGUCGCCAAGUGGAGGCUCUCGGCUUACAUGUGCCAAUGCAAAGCGAUCUCGAGUCCUAUCAGCGGAGUCUUUCGAUGUUCUGGCUCCUCUUUGUCUUGGACAAGUCCUGUGAUCUCGCGUUUGGUCGAUCCCCGUUUCUUCCGAUGAAUCACUACCGAGAUGUUCCACUGCCCGACUUCAGCCAUCUGCUCAAGUUCCAACCUCAUCUCGAUUCGGAGUUCAGCAGUGUACCACCGUCUGCACGUCCAUCUAAGUUUGGAGCACACUUCUUCAUUAAGGGUAUCGAGCUAGCCAAGACAAUGGGUUUAGUCGUCGAUAUGCUGGCCCCAGGUUCAUCAACAACCUCUCGAGACACUAUCAGGCUGCAGCUCGAGAACUGGUCCCAUCAGACGAAAGAAAUUCUGGACGAAACAAUUGAGGCGGAAAGGCGCCUCCUUGAGCCGGCCCAGCUGAAGGAAAUGUCAUUGGGCCUCAAUAGUUUAAGGUUUCAGUACCUUCACAUCAUGAUUAUCCUUCUCAAAGGGGACAAAUCUUCCAACAAUCACCGUCUAGAGUGCGCAAGAGAGGCUCUAUUCAUACUGCCGUCCAUUGUCUCCAAUUGGUCUUCCGUUUACAACGGGGUUGUCUGGUACUUAUUGUACUAUCCCUUCAUCCCAUUCUUUGUCGUCUUCGAGAAUGUAGUCCACACCUCCACGUCCCAAACCUCGGCGACAAUCGAUCAAGACAUCGGUCUCCUUGCCACAACUGUUUCAUACUUUUCGAGCAUGGGAGGACAGAUGCAGCUUCUAGCCGUUCUGUGCACUCGUCUGGAGAAUGUUGCGUUUUUGUUCCUGGAACUAGCUCGGAGACAUAUACGACAGCGCCAUGCAACAGUCAACAACACCCUAGACACCUCAUGGCCCCCAAAGAGUACUCACGCUGACAAAAAUCUUGAAGCAGUAGAGUCUACAGAGGGAAGCUUCUUCGGCCUCUCUCAAGGCACUCUCGAUGAGAUCACUUUGGACGAUGGGCUGGAUAUUGAAAACUUCCUCAACUGGCUGCCUGCUGACGUUUUCGCAUCUGGGCCACCCUUGGGACUUGAAGAGCGGCGAGAUCCCGAAUCUGCCAGCGAAACUCCCGAGAGUUUGUUCACAGCUGACCUUCAAGGUCGCAAAAGACCAUUUGAUGCGACGUUUGACUGGUUUUCUUGGGAUACAUAUUAUGCCAGCAUGCUUCCGAGUCAAUGA